GAUAGUCUGUUUUUGAUCGUAUUGCUUAUUCAACGCGCUAUUCUAACUGGCUAGAGGUCGCGGUACGAAAAAAUUUAAAUUCCUGGUGUCUUACUCUGACUGGCGGUGAUAAUGAAGUUCAAAAAGGAAAAAUUGCCCAGCAACUACGAGCACAUGAGGAUCGACACGGUGCAAUUUUUGGAAAACGAAAAGGCCAGCACCGAAAUCACCCACGAAAAUAAUGUGGGAAAAAUUUAUAUCAAUACGGACGACAGGCUUCAUGCUGGAAAGGAAGUCGUAAAUAAAAUCGAGUACUUCAAAGGCAACGUUCACGAUUUUAUAACUAACGAAAAAAUAUUUACUGAAAUAACACACGAGAAUAACGUAGGAAAAAUAAAAUACAAACUAAAUAUACUUUUAGAAGACGAUAGUAUCAAACAAGAACAAAAGCCAUUGUCUAGUAGUAAUGGAAAUAUAACCAGUAUUAGCACCAAAGAAUAUUCAAACAUGGAACAGACUCAUAGGCGCGUCGUCGAAGAGGACGUACAACAAAUUACUACCAGCGUAGUAACGAACUCCAGAGUUGACUAUAGUGGAUCCACACCGAAAAAAUACAAGACUACUUGCUAUUUGGAACCCAAAACAGUGCCGACCUGGUACACGGAAUCCCUGUUAUUAAAAUUGGACUCCACCAAAAAAGUAUAUUCAGAACAGGUCUAUUUUAAGUCGAAACUACAGCCAACCAAGUGGUCCGAAUCGAUGACCACUAAUGUGCAACACCACGUUAACGAAAUCAGAAUUCCGAUUACAAAAUCGGAUGUUCAUUACAUAUCGUUGGAACCUCAACAAAUAAGUGUUAAAUAAGAAAAUGAUGUAUUAUUUAAAGUAUUAUUUCUACAUUCCAGAAAAUAGCAUAUGUAAAUUACAUUGAUUUUUAAUAUUUUGUUAAUUUUAGCAUUAUUAAUUUUUAUAUACUAUUAAUUAUUGAAAUGUAUGCGUACUAAGACUGUAUAUAAAGUUUUUAUUUUGUUUUA